AUGGCAAAUGAAAUAUUAGAUCCAAUCUUAAGAUUAUAUGAUCCGAUUCGUUAUUCGUUUAACAAGAAAAAAGAGUAUUAUAUUAUCAUCUCACCGACUGUUGGUUCUAAAUCCCAAUUGAAUGAUGGUGGUAGAAUUACCUUCGAAAUAAAUUCUUAUUUCAGAUGCGAUUUCAAAAUGAAAGAUGGAACUCAGAAUCAAGUUCCUCAAACUAAUACAACGUUAGAAAACAAUUUCUUUCCAUCUUUAUUUAGCGAGAUGGUUUUGGAAGCUGGUUCAAAUCCGAUAGAAACAAUUAAACACCCUGGGGAAUUCGACACAAUGUUGAAAACAGUUUUAUAUCCUAAAGAUUUCGAUUCAGUCUCAGGUUGGAUAACCGAUGUUGGCGAUGGAAGUUUUUUAAAAGAACCGGUAAGAAAUCUUGCAAAUGAUGCUGAUUUAGAUAGAGUGAGAGUUGUAGCUCGAAACACAAUAGAAAGUGUAGCACGAGCAGCUAAUCAUGGAUUCGAAAAACGAGUACUUCAGUAUAAUAAUGUUGUUGAGAAUAAUAGAGACGAUAUAGAUUUAGAAAGAAUUGACGCGAAUGUAAAAAAGGGUGGAUUUAUAUUUUCCCUACCUUCCCUAAUAUUUGCUGGUAUUACCGCGGCGGCUACAGUAGCUGGUGCUACAGCUGGUGGAGUAAGCGUUUCCAACGAAAAGAAAGCUGCUAUUGCAGAAGCUGCUGCUACAAAAGCUGCCGAAGAAAAGAAAGCAGCCGAAGAACAUAGACACAAUUCUAAAAUGGAAAAGUUGGCAGCAGAGGUUAAAAAACCUAAAACGGAAAAGAAAUGUUCAGGAGUGGGAGAUAUGAUAGGCACAAUGAAAGAAUUUGGAAAAAGAUUUAGUGAAGAAACCAAGAAAACUGUUAAACAAGGAUUAAAUAAAUUAGUAGAUAGUAUUGACACAGGAGAAAUCAAAGUCAAACAUAAGGGUAAUGGAAUAUUUUAA